AUGUCCAACUCCCAGAGCGGCUUCCUGCCCAGGCCAUCUUUGAGCCACCGCUCCAUCUCGGAACAGCCACCGCUGUACAACUCGGCAUCCGCAGCCCACUCGGGCCCGCGACUGCGCGCUUCCAAAGCUGUUAGUGGUGCCCUCACGGCUACCGGUGCUAAGCUGCCAUACUCGCCGCUGCUUCCCCUCCCAUCCGCAACCACCUCCAAGCUGGAACUCUCCCACCCCCAGCAGGUGGAUGUCGAGCAGACCGAGAAUGUAGAGCCUUUCUCUAUCGCGGCUCAGCAUGCCAACCUUGCCAGCCCGAGCGCUCUCGCCACACGACGUCUGGCACGACAAGGCGUGUCCGAAGGCUCUCUUUUCCACUCGCAACAGAUGAAGCCAAACCGCAGUGCCAUGCCUCCCAGUGCCGCUUCGGCCCUCGGCCCCAAGGCUACUGCCCUUCGAGUUGAUAUUGCUGCUGCCUCGGAUCUCUCUGGACAACCGGCCGCUUCCAGAUCUGCAGGCAUGAUUCGUAGCUAUUCGCUCCCCGUUGCUACCCAAGCUGAACAUGACGAGCAGCAGCGCAUCAUGGCUCUUGGCCUCUCGCCCGUCAGCCGCUACGCAGCCAACCCUUCUUGGUGGCAGUACGGUUGGCCCUCGCCCGGCGGCAUCAACCACCGCCACGUUCGCCACGCUCCCGUAGCGCCCCUGCCCGAGUUCGUCGGUCAACGUCGACGAUCGUCCCAGUCGAAGCUCUCGAGCUCUCUCACUCCGAUCAUUGAUUGUGCCGCUGACGACGCCGCGGCAGUCUCGACGUCCGUACUAUCUUCGCAGGCUACCUCGCGGCCCAGCAGUCGAUCCAGCAAGACGCGCUCAAGCUGUUCGCCCAAGUCGAAGAGCAAGCAUCUCCCCAGCAUUCACCAGCAUACCUUCCAGAAUGCAUCGUCGUCGUCGUCACGACGCUCCUCUGUAUCCACAUCUCCCAAACCAGGUCGCUCGCCGCUCUCCCUCAUGUCGAAUAACCUGCCUGCCCUCGAUCAGCAGCAAGGACAGGCCGAGUAUCUUGUUGACGAGCACGAUGAUGACGACGACGAUGAUGACGACGAAUCGGUCGACGGUGCCGCCACCACCCCUUGCGAAGCCGCGUUCGAUAUUGAGAUGGACGCGCUCAACCAGCGAUUCGCCGAGUGGUCGCGGUCCCAAGCCAUGUCAACUCCUUGCGCUCGCGCUCCUUCUCAUAAGCUCGGCUCCGGCAGCAGGGACGAGUCGAGUGCGCAUCAGCCGCAGCCGCAGCCGCAGCAGCAGCAAGAGGAUUACUUCAACCUGGUCCACGAUGAUCAACAACCCGACAUCGCAUUUUUGGGAGUCGGCGGCGGCAGCGAUACCUCAGACGAAGCACGAACCCCUCGCGCCUCGUCUCCCCGCCCCCUGUCCAAAGCCGCUCUCUAUCAUCACGAGCAUCUGCUCGACGUCAACACCGACAGCGAUCCAGCCUUUGCCCAAAACGACAGGUGGUCCGGCUCAUUUGACUUUAUUCACCCGGACCACCUCGUCUAG